GGGCGCUGAUGUAAAUGGCAGGGAUACUGACGGGAAAACAGUGCUGCACGCUGCUGUUAUUAAAGAUUCGCUAGAAAUGGUGGAGUAUCUCGUUGAAAAAGGCGCUGAUGUAAAUGGAACGGAUGUUAACGGUUCGACAGUGCUGCACACUGCUGUUGCAGAGGGUACGUUUGAAACGGUAAAAUAUCUUGUUGAACAUGGCGCUGGUGUAAAUGGCAAGAUGAUUGACGGGUGGACCGUACUGCACACUGCUUUUACUAAAGCUACGCCAGAAAUUGUAAAAUAUCUUGUUGAAAACGGCGCUGAUGUAAAUGGCAAGGAUACUACUGACGGGUGGACAGUGUUACAUUAUGCUGUUUCUUAUGGUUCAUUAGAAAUGGUAAAAUAUCUUGUUGAACUAGGUGCUGAUGUAAAUGGAAAAAAACCCGGUGGGUUGACAGUGCUGCAUGAGGUUGUUACUAAAGGUACGCUAGAAAUGUUAAAAUACCUGGUUGAACAUGGCGCUGAUGUAAACGCCAAAAGCAAUGGCGGCUGGUCCGUUCUUUACGUUGCUAUUUCUAAAGGCACACUAGAAAUGAUGGUAAAAUAUCUUGUUGAAAACGGCGCUGAUGUAAAUGGCAAGGAUACUAACGGGUGGACAGUGCUGAACUAUGCUGUUACUAAAGCUGCGCUAGAAAUGGUAAAAUAUCUUGUUGAAAACGGCGCUGAUGUAAAUGGCAAGGAUACUACUGACGGGUUGACAGUGUUACAUUAUGCUGUUUCUUACGGUUCAUUAGAAAUGGUAAAAUAUCUUGUUGACAUUGGGGCUGAUGUAAAUGGAAAAAAACCCGGUGGGUGGACAGUGCUGCAUGACGUUGUUACUAAAGGUACGCUGGAAAUGUUAAAAUACCUGGUUGAACAUGGCGCUGAUGUAAAUGCCAAAAACAAUGCCGGGUAUAGUGUGCUUUACGUUGCUAUUUCUAAAGGUAAGCUAGAAAUGGUAAAAUAUCUAGUUGAAAAAGGCGCUGAUUCAAAUAGCAAGAGAACUAACGGGUGGACAAUCUUGCACAGUGCUGUUACUGAAGGUUCGCUAGAAGUGGUAAAAUAUCUUGUUGAAAAUGGCGCUGAUGUGAAUGGCAAGGAUACUAACGGGGAGACAGUCUUGCACUACACUGUUGGGAAAGGUGCGCCGGAUAUAUUAAAAUAUCUUAUUGAAAUGGGCGCAAAUGUUGACGAAAAGCAGAAUGACGGGCGAACAGUGCUGCACCAUGCUGUUACUAAAGGUACGCUAGAAAUGGUGAAAUAUCUUGUCGAACAUGGCGCUGACGUAAACGGCAAGGAUACUAACGGAGUGACAACUUUGGACGCUGCUGUUGGGGCUGGUGUACUGGACAUCGUCCAAUAUUUAAUGAAACAAGGCGCAAAGGCUACUGCUGGGAGAGUUCUUCAUCAUGCUGUUAGUGUUGGUGAAUUAGAUAUGGUAAAAUAUCUUGUUGAACAAUUAGCUGCUGAUGUAAAUGACAAGGAUGCUGAUGGACAGACACUCCUGCACGUCGCUGUCGAUGCUGGUGCAUUAGAAAUUAUCAAAUAUUUAAUUGAACAGGGUGCUGACAUAACUCUUAAAAGUAAAAUCAGCUUUCAUACUCUUGGCUUUGACACCAUGAAAAUAGCUGUUGUAAACAACUUCGUUGCUUUGGUCGAUCUUCUUUUUGAAAAGAACAUCGCUUGGUGGAGACGUUGGACAUUUCUUGUUGAAGGAAAGCAAAUGAGUCUUCUUGAAUGGAGUAUUCACCUUGGUCAUGAUGAAAUUACAACUAUCCUCAAGAGGUCCAUAAAACAUUCUUUGAAAAUUCGGACGUUGAAAACAAUGAAUUGCAACCAGUUAGAAGAGGUUGAAACACCGAUGCAAGUUUUUGUCGCAAGCAAUCAAUUCAAAAUUGGUGCUGGCGGUUUUUCGUGUGUCUAUGUUGGUGUCAUGAAGGAUGGAAGUGAAGUUGCUGUUAAGAGAAUUUUCGUGCAAAAUGACGAUAAAACAGUUGAAAACGAAUUAGGAAUCAUGAAUCUCAUCAAGACAAACAAAUCGCCAUUUAUAGUGAGCUAUCGACAUUUUCACCGUGACGAUACCUUCAUGUAUCUUAUUGUUGAUCUUUGCGAAGAAAACUUGAGGGAACUUGUUCAUGCAUGCAGUAUUGAACUUCUACAAGAGCAAGGUCCACGAAUGAUUUGGGAAAUUCUAUCCGGACUUGAAUUUCUUCAUGGUAAAGGAAUAUUGCACAGAGAUCUAAAACCAUCAAACGUCCUGGUUGAUAUCGAAGGUCGCAUGAAAUUGGCAGAUUUUGGAAUAAGCCGCGUUCUAAAUGACGAUGAAACGACAGUCGAAACAUUCGCUAAAGGUACUCGUGGAUGGAUGCCGCCGGAAGUAAUCAAGGCAAUAGACAAAGAUGAAAAAGGUCGUUUCAAAAAGAAAUCAGAUGUCCACGUCGCGGGUAUGAUUGCCUUCUUCAUCUUAAAGAAAGGUGAACACCCUUUUGGAUCUUCGUUAGAACGAAUGAAAAAUAUUUCAAAAGGAAAUCCUAUCAAUCUGAAGAAACUUGGUGAUCGCGAAGCUCGUAGGUUUGUGUCGUCGCUGAUUCGUCACAAGAUUGAUGAUAGACCUUAUGCUGACGAAGCAUUGGAAGAUUCUUUUCUCAUGCUGUCAAAAACGACACACCGAGGCCACCGUUUUAGCGCAUGAAAUCAAGAAAAUAAAAUGUUUUUUGGACUUUGCCAUUUCAUAUUCCUCAUUAUUAUAUACACAAGCGCCAGAUAUGAGGUAUGCUGCAAUUUCAUUGGUUGGCUACU